CAGGCCCCCCAGGAGAGGACAACGCCAAGCCCAAGGGAACCCCAGUCCUGAGUAACGUCGGCCUCAUGGUGGUUCAAGGGAAGGCGAUUCCGACAGUCCGCUCCCAAGCCUGUACAGGCUCCCUCUAAGGCUCACCUAGAAACACCUAUAACAAGCAAGGUUCAAAGUAAAUACGAAGAAGAGACCAAAGGCGUCUGCUCACUCUCGUCCCUGUCACACUCCUACAUGACAGUUGACCAAUGGCUGGCAGGAGUAAGUGAACCUGUGGAAUUGACACCAGAUGUAUUACCAGCACACAGAACGUCCAUGAGAAAGCGACUUCCUCAGCGUAUUCAAUCAGAGGAAAGAGAUCUGCAUCUAGUGGAAACUCCCCCUCGGAGGCAAGAGAAUCCAACUUCUGCCAGAGUUACACAGAGGAUGGAAGCUCCUCGUCCAGUGACCCCACCUGCCAGCCAAAGGAAGGAUACCUCUGAGGUGGCUUGCAGUGCACCAGCCACCCCGAGUGAACCCCAGCUUUCGGAAUAUACCACUUCCUUAUUGUCUCUUAUUAACCGCAAGCCCAUACAGGCAUAUGAGGAGCCACAGGUGCCACAUGCAAGACAAUUGCAUGCUGCAACACCAGAGGAACCAGGCUUGUCAACAUUCACAACCGAGUCAUCAAGAGAGGAGAAAAAGGCAGAGAGAGUUUACACUCCAGAGGAGCCAGCACUUUCUUAUAGUGAGAAAAAAUUGGCAUUUGUGAAAAAUUUCAACAAAGAGAACUACACUCCAGAGGAACCUGCUCUUUCUUACAAGAAGCCUCAGAGUGAAAAUCACAUAGAUGAGAGAACUCCUGAGGAACCUUUCCUCUCAUCUGCACACUCUAAAUCUCACCCUCAGGGUAUGUCUAGCUUUCCUUGUCCCAAGAAGAGCUAUGUUACCAGCCCUUCUUCACCACAGCUAUCUGACAUCACACGUUCAGUCUUAACCUAUGUCCAAAAUCCAGUGCCUACCCACAGCUCUCGUAGACAGACAGAACAGCACUAUAGCUACAGAAACCCAACAGAACCACGGAAAAGUGAAAUGCCCCAUCUCCCAUCCUAUCACAGAAGCAGCAGCCAUCCAUACAACUCUGAGCCAGGUAGCUUUUCUCGUUCCAUGAUGGACACCCUAGGCUAUCAAGCGACUUUUUCUGAACCAACUAGUAGUCGGGACGAAGCCCAAAAGGGUGCUGAAACAGCUCGGCAUAGGCCAAGAAUGGCAGUGGAAGAGUUCCUGAAGCAAGAUGAUGUUCCUGCUUCGCCUCAGCUUUCUGAUGUAACCCAGCGGAUUUUUGGCCAGACUAAGAGAUGGUGAAUGUUUAGUUUCUCCCUGAAAUAAUUCCUGAACAUGCAAAAUGAAGUUCAAGAUUUCAACUUCUCUGUGCCAGUAUUAUCACAAAUGAUCUCUAUCACUGGAUGAAUUACAUUGUCAGGUGUCCCCUUCUUAUUCUUUGCUUUUGUUUUGCUUCUUAUUCAUUGUAAAAUGUUUUAAAAAUUAUAAUUUGUACCUUAAAGUUUUUGUUUUACUUUACAGAAUAAUUUAUGCAGUGAAAUCUUUAAAUCAUUUUACAAUUCAUACAAAUAUCUUGAUGAAACGGUCCAUUUCAGUAAUAUGAAAAAGGAAAGAAAGAAAAAAAUAAAUGUAGAAAAGAAAUAAAUUAUUAUAAACAAAACAGUUUAAACUUCAACUAAUAUAUCUGUGUAAUAUUGAAAAUAUAUAUAUAUUUCUUACUAUGUAAGAGGGCUAAAAUCAAACGCCACAGUAAACAAAUAAAUCAUUUAUUCUUUUCUUGAUAAAGAAACACUAAAGAUUCAAAUUACUACUCUUUUUUUAUCGAAACAUACAUUAAUAUCUUAAACAUCAUUCUAAUGAUAAGAACAAUCUUAUGAUUUAUUUAACUAGAAACAAUCUGUACAUAGAAAAAAGAAGAAGAAAAAAAAAGACAUACACACUGAGAUCAUUAUCCUCACAUUAAAAAACAUGAAAACCUUUUUCUGUUGGGGUUAUUCAUUUAGUACAUUAAUAAUAAUAAUAAAAAGAGAAAAACAAACUGAUUCACAAUACCAUUCCCCCCUCCCACCGCUUGCAUUUGCUUUCAGUACCUUUUUCUUACAUUCACUUUAAUCCCUCUUGUAGAUAAUCAUGGUACAACUUGCAAUAAGAAAGAAAAAAAAUGAAUUUGCUUACCUGAAUAAUUUUCCUCAUUGCCUUUGCAUACUAAUAUAUGCUUAUAUAUUAAUCCCUUCCCUAAAAUCACAUGUACUAAAUGUGCGACCCCUUAAGUAGAACCAUUAGAUCAAGAAAGUGACUUUUGUACCAUUGAUUUUUAAAAAAUAAAAUUUCAACAAGACAAAAUGCAAUGUUUUGGAUUCUCAUGCCUGAUAUAUCACUUCACUUGGAUAUCUGGAUAAUAUAAUACCAGGUACAGGGAAUGGCUGUUAAUUCCCAAUUCCAAUCCAUUUCCACUUUUUUCCUCCUUUUCCUGACAUCCCAGGGAUUAAAACCAAACUAUCAGUAAUAUAAAUUUAUGACUUGAAUGCACUUUUUGCUCUUGCACUGGUAUAAUACUGAAUAAGUAUAAGGGACUUUAUUUCCCUUUUGUGAAUGAGGAUAAAACCUGUUUGCUCGUCAGCUGGUGCAAACAAUAUAUAUUUUGGCCUAUAAUUUCACCGUUGGUAAGCACUCAAAUUUCAUUCUCUUAAAGAUGUAAUUACUAAAAGUAGAUUUUACUUAUGUCACUCGUAAAGAGAUUAGGAAACAAUGUAAUACACAGGUAAAUCUGGUCCUUGAAAUCAUGAUAACUAAGCAUCACAAAAUGAAUAAUGCUUGGAUGUUUUCCAAACAAUCCUUUGAUUCAAAGAAAUUAGUGCUUUUGUCACCACUUCAAAACAAUAGCUGACAGUUAACAAACCAAAACCUGAUUUGCUGAAUAAUUAUAAAACAAAAGUAUUCAUUCAAUAUAUUUUGUAGUAAAAGGCAAUUUCAGAGAUUACUAAGACAAAAUUUUUCGUCCAUUCAUACAUGUAUUUAAACAACCCAAUAUAAGUAGCACCUAUGCAGGCUGCCAUUCCAAUGCCCAUCAACAUUAAACAUUUUCAAAUUUUCUUGUUAUCAGGGUGUUCUGAGAGUUAAACUUUUUUUCCUAUGGUAAUUUUUCAUGAUGGUCAUAUAAAAGAGCUCACAUAUUUUGAAAUGACUGUGGUGAGAGAGAGAGAGAGAGAGAGAGAGAGAGAGAGAGAGAGAGAGAGAGAGAGAGAGAGAGAGAGAGAGAGAGAGAGAGAGAGAGAGAGAGAGAGAGAGAAGAGAGAAGAGAG